CCACAAUCUUAAAUUCUGAAACGGCGUCGUUGCUCCUUGAUGGGAAAAUAGGCUAGUUUCACUCCGACGCUCGCGCACGCCGACUUCUGAGCUGUAUCUCAAGCGCCUUCUCUCCGAUUUUGCUUCACAAGGCAGUCCGGAUCCUGACUAUAAAGAGUACCAUAGAAGGCUGGACAUGCAGAUAUGAAGACGAUCUUAAGGAACAUAGGAUUAGUAUAUCAAAUUGAUUUGGAAUUUUACACCUUUUCUAAGAAGUUUUCGUUCUCAUCUAAUGGGUUUUCUUCUGAGCUAAAUGGUAAAGCCAUUCCCUUUAUGGAUGGGGCCAAUCGAGGACAUUCAAGAAUAGUUCAGGGUGUGAGACAAGUAGUGGAUGAUGCGUGCAAUAUCUUGGAGGGUGGUACAUGGGGGCCUGCCCUUGAGAAUGCUCUGUGUGUGCUAGAUGAAAAACCUAAACCCGAAUUAGUAAUUGGAGUCUUGAGGAGGCUGAAGGAUAUCAAUAUUGCAGUAAAUUAUUUUCGGUGGGCAGAGAGAAAAACUGACCAAGCACAUUGUCCUGAAGCAUACAAUUCACUUCUAAUGAUUAUGGCUAGGAGUAGAAAGUUUGAUGGCUUGGUGGAGAUUCUGGAAGAAAUGAGUAUUGCAGGAUUUGGCCCGUCUAAUAACACAUGUGUUGAGUUGGUUGUAAGCUAUAUCAAGUUGCGGAAGUUUAGAGAAGCUUUUGAUCUAAUACAAACCAUGAGAAAGUUUAAGUUCCGCCCUGCAUUUUCGGCUUAUACAAACCUUAUUGGUGCUCUUGCUGCUGCUCAUGAAUCAGACCUCAUGCUCACUCUUUUUCAUCAAAUGCAGGAGCUAGGUUAUGAAGUAAGCGUUCAUCUAUUUACAACUCUUAUUCGUGAAUUCGCUAUGCAGGACAGAGUUGAUGCUGCUCUCUCCCUGUUGGAUGAGAUGAAGAAUUGCUCUUGUGAUGCUGAUGUUGUUCUUUAUAAUGUCUGCAUAGAUUCUUUUGGAAAGAUUGGGAAGGUUGAUAUGGCCUGGAAAUUCUUUCACGAGAUGAAAGCACAUGGCUUGAGGCCUGACGAUGUGACAUAUACAAGCAUGAUAGGGGUUCUUUGGAAAGCUGAUAGACUGGAUGAAGCUGUGGAGCUAUUCGAAGAGAUGGAUAGCGGCAGGACAGUUCCUUGUGUGUAUGCUUAUAGCACCAUGAUCAUGGGCUAUGGUUCAGCUGGAAAGUUUGACGAAGCAUAUAAUUUGCUUGAGAGGCAAAAACAAAAGGGGUGCAUUCCGAGUGUGAUUGCAUAUAAUUGCAUUCUUACAUGCCUAGGAAAAAAGGGGAGAGUGGACGAGGCAUUAAGAAUCUUCAAGGAGAUGAAGAAAGAUGCUGCGCCCAACCUUUUCACCUACAAUAUUCUAAUAGACAUGCUUUGCAAGGCAGGAAAACUUGAGGAUGCUCUAGGCAUUCGGGAUUCCAUGGAAGUAGCUGGAUUGUUUCCUAAUGUUAGGACUGUCAAUAUAAUGAUAGAUCGACUUUGCAAAGCUCAAAAACUGGAUGAAGCUUGUUCUAUAUUUGAAGGAAUUGAUCAUAAAGUUUGCACCCCUGAUGGAGUUACAUUUGGUUCUCUUAUUGAUGGUUUGGGCAAACAUGGCAGAGUGGAUGAUGCCUACAAGCUAUAUGAAAAAAUGUUAGAUUCUAAUAAGAUUCCGGAUGCUUUUGUAUAUACCUCCCUUAUUAGGAAUUUCUUUAAGUGUGGCAGGAAGGAGGAUGGUCACAAGAUAUACAAAGAAAUGGUACACAGGGGCUGUUCUCCUGACUUGAUGUUGCUUAAUACCUAUAUGGAUUGUGUUUUCAAAGCUGGCGAAAUUCAGAAAGGUAGGGCUUUGUUUGAGGAAAUAAAGGCUCAAGGAUUUAUUCCGGAUGUCAGGAGCUACUCAAUCCUGAUUCAUGGCCUUGUGAAAGCAGGUUUUGCAAAUGAAACUUACGAGCUGUUCUACACAAUGAAGGAGCAAGGCUGUGUCAUGGACACCCGUGCUUACAAUACUGUUAUUGAUGGCUUCUGCAAGUCUGGUAAGGUUAAUAAAGCAUAUCAACUGUUGGAGGAAAUGACAACAAAGGGCCAUCAACCAACUGUUGUUACCUAUGGUUCUGUCAUCGAUGGGCUUGCUAAGAUUGACAGGCUUGAUGAAGCAUACAUGCUCUUUGAAGAAGCAAAAUUUAAAGGAAUAGAGUUAAAUGAGGUGAUAUAUAGUAGUCUUAUUGAUGGGUUUGGUAAGGUGGGUAGAAUUGAUGAAGCGUACUUGAUCAUGGAAGAGUUAAUGCAAAAAGGUUUGACCCCUAAUGUGUACACAUGGAAUUGCUUGCUUGAUGCACUAGUGAAAGCUGAGGAAAUUAAUGAAGCCCUUGUGUGCUUUCAGUCAAUGAAAGACUUGAAAUGUACUCCCAACCACAUAACUUACAGCAUUCUCAUCAAUGGUCUUUGUAGGGUUAGAAAAUUUAAUAAGGCAUUUGUGUUCUGGCAAGAGAUGCAGAAGCAAGGGUUGAAGCCCAACACAAUCACCUAUACCACCAUGAUCUCAGGGCUUGCAAAGGCUGGAAACAUAGAAGAUGCAAAUAAGCUUUUUGAGAGGUUUAAGGCGAGUGGGGGUAUACCAGAUUCUGCUUGUUAUAAUGCUAUGAUAGAAGGGUUAGCAUUGCUUAAUAGAGCAAUGGAUUCAUAUGCACUUUUUGAGGAAACUAGGUUGAAAGGUUGUAAUAUUCAUACCAAAACGUGUGUUGUUCUCUUAGAUGCACUGCAUAAGGCUGAAUGCCUUGAGCAGGCAGCAUUUGUGGGUGCAGUGUUGAGAGAAACAGCAAAGUCUCAACACACUUCAAAACCCUGGUAAUGGCGAGUAUACGGAGAGCUUUGUUCUUGAUGAUGGUUCUUCACAUGAAUUACUUCAUGGGGCUGAAGCUGCUCCCUUCAGAGGUACACUCUUAUCUAAUUAGUAGAGAUUGAAGUUACAAGAUGCAUAAACGAAUGAGGCUUACACCCGAGGGACGUUGGCAUCCUUUCCAGCUGUCCAAAUUUAUACAUUUCAAAUACAACGCCCUAACUGUUUUAUUCUUUCAGGAGCUCAAAACAUAAAAUGGUCAAGUCAGGAAGCCGCAUGCAUAAGUGGAGCUCCUACUCCUAACUUCUAUGGGAGCUUGGUUUUUGUUUGUCUGAUUCUCCAUUUAACCCAGAUCAUUCACACCAACACCACCACCCCCCCCCCCCCCACAACCAAAAAAAAAAAAAACACCACCUAAAAAAAAGAAAAAAAUACCCUGCAUGAGUGUGCACCCUAAUAUUAUUGUUAGAAGGAAGCGGAUUCUUUUGGGCUUUGUGAGGAAAAAGAAGGGAGGGGCAGAGCAGAAACGUUCGUGAAUGAACCUUAGCCACAAAGGUCGAAAUACCUAAUUGUUGAGUCUUAUGCCCAUGAUUCUACUUACUGAUGAUAGUCCUUAAUGGCUCUCUCAGAGAUGCUUAAAUUCUUCUAUCAAUUAGUCAGAAGGAACUUAUCUAAUGGAUUGCCCCUGACCUUUUAUUGAUGCGUUAUGGCUUCCAAGCAUAAGAGUUGCAUGUCAAACAUGGGUGUAUAUGCCAAUGAACACCGUCAGGACCUAUAGAUAGCAUACUGCUAUAAAGUUCAUGUGGAAGUUUGAGCAUGGGCUUGUUGUAAGAUUGGAUAAAGCGUCAUUUUUCUUCUCUGUUGUGAACUAUUUGGAUCUAGUAUAGUCUUAUGUUUUGACCA